AGAUGUCAAUGAUUGUAUUAGGUAUAUCGAAAUGGAGUACUAAAGGUGUGUACACUUCAUUGGAAGAAUUUUUUUAUACAGCCGUCCGAACAAAAAUAUAAAUAUACAGAAAGAUGUAAAAUUUCACAGGCUUCCCGAAUAUGUCAUUACUUUUUAAAAAAUAUGUUCGUUUGGUAACAAUAUCCUCAAAAUACAGAGGGAGACUUAUUUUUGCCAGCGGUAUAGUACAAUUUCAUCAUAUUCUUUAGUGAUCAGUACCCUAUAUUAUAUAUAUCUACUUUCCUACUAUAAUCUACUGUUUCAUAAAGGAAUAAAAUAAUUUUCUUUCCACUUAUUUAAUUUUCUAUAAUAAGACCUUAAUCCCCCGUGGACCGUCUCAUGACUCGUCCUCAUUGUCUACUGUUUGUAGACCGGAUAAUCUAUCAUGCUCAGGAAGAAAAUGAAGUUCGAAAAAUAAAAAUAUGUGAGACGAGGAUGUAGGCCACGACAUGUUGCUCAUUUGUAUAAAGCCCGCUUUUCCAACCGAUCUCUAGAAAAAUGCGCUACUUGAGAUCCUUUUUUUUCUAUAAAGAAGCAAAAUCUGUCUUAAUAAAGCUCCAGAAGCAAUCAUAAAAGAACUUCAUCUCAUUCAAUAACCAUGGUCAAAGAAAAUAAUUUCUUGAUUGAUCGCAACAGAAAAUGUAUCUUCGAAAAACAUUUUAAUGAGUUAUUUCUAGCAAAAUAUAAAUCUCUCUCAAUAUAAUUCCGACAAAAUUCUAGUAUAUAUGAAUUCAUAGCAUUUGAUAGGUUAAACGAUUUCCUGUGUUUCAUAGGAUCCUAUAUGAUGCAGGGCUACCAAUUUAGUUUGCAUAUAGUCAAACGCUUUAAUUGAUGUACAUAAAAGUUCGUAUGUUAACUUACCAAAAUCUUAUGAACUCUUCUAAACUAAUUGUAUAAUCUAUCUUAUCGAAUUCUUAUCAGAAUCUUAUAAGAUUCUUAUAUUCCUUCUUAUAAGAAUCUUAUCAAUAUCUUGUGCAUUUCCAUCGACUGCCUUAUAUAAGAUUCUUAUAAGAUUUUUAUAAGAUUUCUAUAGAAUUGUCGUAAGUUCGGUCGCCUAGGGCGGUUAAAACCGCUUUUUUCCGGUCAGAAUUGAACAGACUAUGCCAGAAAUACGACAAAAUUUUGAUGAUUUGACCAUAAUUAUCCCAUGUGAUUCUGUGUUUUCACAGCCGGUCCUUCAUAUAUACUUCGUUACAUUCGUUACGCCGAUUUCAAACGUCUAAAUAAAUUUCUGAAUAAUAAACUGACUAUUGUACUGUAUUAUAUACUAUUAUGAAUAUGUUUUCUUUGUGUUUUUCUCUAGUGCGUCAAGUCGCUUUAAUUCAUCCAGUUGAUCUCACCUUGGUUUAAUUACAAAUAUCAAAUUUUCUCAAAACGAGCACGUCUUUUAAUUGUUUGAUACGAGAUAAGAGAGCAUACGAUUGUGUGACAACCUUAGCUUUACAAAAAUAUCGUGCUGUUUAUCCAAGGUAUAUAGCGGGUUCCGUGCGACAUCUGUCUUGCAUCUUAGAAAAAAUUGUUCAGCACCUCUCUUUGUCUCUCUGGUCAGUAUUCCUACCAUUCUUUUCUUUCAAUACCGUUCUUUCUUUCUCCUUUGCAUUAAGAUGUUGUGCGUAUAGACGUUUGAUUGGUCAAUUCAUAAAAUAGUAUUCCACAAUUUAGCUACGUUCCGUAUUUUCCAAACAGACAGACAGAACGCAAAAGUAUUUUUUGUAAUAAUAUUUAUAAUAUACCGUAGCGAGACUAAAGUUAAAGGAAUAUCGCUGCAACAACAUGAAAAGAUGCGGUAUUGACGUUAUUAUUUAUUUUCUGAAUCGCUAAUAUUAAAAUGGACACAGAUGAUCUGUCUAAAAGUUCGAGAAUUCGUCCGUUGAAAGAUGCCCUUCACAUUUUAUUCUUACUCUUAGUUAGUAAGCUUUUGAAAACUCUAUCAUUAUUCCUCACUUAUGAUAUUCUGAAAUCGGUUCAUGUUGUUCUGCUGUUAUUUAUAUGUUCUUUAAUUGCAUCUGUUUGCUUGUUAUUCAUACAAAAGCCGUUUACUCAAACAAAAAAAUUAUUUUUUGGAAAUAAUAAAUCAAAUAUUUAUCGUUUAAUCAGAUAUAGUCUAUUGUUGACAAUUAUUCGUUUAUUAUGGUUAUUUGGUUUAACAUUAUGUGGUCCAUUGCGAACUAUUUUAUUAUAUGAGCAUAGUGAUAUUGUGAUUCUAGCAUGUUUCACAUCUUUAUUUUCUACAACACAACAAAAAAAUACAUCGCGAAUGCGAGGAACCGUAUUUCUGUUACUAGCAAUUUUAGCCAUAUUUGCAUUUGAUAACGAUGACAUCAGACAAAAAGUAGGUAGUUUGAAUAAAGAGGUAUUAGAUCAUCCCGAAGGGAAUUUACAUCGUCAAAUAUUUAUCCAUUUAUUUUAUCGUUUUACAUCUCUAAUUGGAGUUGCUGAUCAUAAAGGUGGCGUUAUUCUGUUAAUUAUCGCUUUACUUUUACGUUGUACAACAAAUAACUUUAACAAAGAAUUGAUCUUAGAUAUCGGUGGUCCAAAACGUUUUCAUACAUUGACAAUGUGUAUAUCAACAAUCUUUCUCACACCAUUAUCUCUCAUUGUACUUAUCGCAAAUAAACUUGUACCUAAUUCAGCAGCAACACUAGUAGCUGAUGACGCAACAACAGUAUUUUCGUUGUCAAAUAAUAGUGGUAGUUGGGGGCUAUUUUCAUCUUACAUUAUACCAAUUAUUUUAAUAAGUAUAUUUUUAUUUGUAUUCGAUUUUUACAGUGAACAAAUAAGCUUAUCAAAAUUAGAUAAACCACGUACAUAUCGUUAUUCUACGUAUACUAUGAUUUUAGGUGCUCUCAUUAUUAAUGUAUUUUGGGGCGGAAAUAUAUCGACAAGCUAUAUUAAUUCAAUUUCAAAUGAAGUAUACCAACAACCUAGCGAACAUGCACUAUCCGGAGGUGUUGUAUUUGCCAUUGUCAUGUUAUUAUUCUCAACUGAUCUUCUAUCAUCUCCGUUAAAAACACAUUCAGGAGCAUUUAUCGGUUAUUCACCUCAAGGUACGCCAUUAUUUAACGCUGCUCAACGUUCGUCAUCACAAUCGCUCGUGACAACAUUGAAAUUGGGAUUACGCGAAAUAUUAGCACAAUCAGAUUCAAGAAAAAUAUUUUAUUUUCUAUGCAUCAAUUUAAUGUUUACAUUUGUGGAAUUAUUGUAUGGAGCAUGGACAAAUAGUUUAGGUUUAAUAUCGGAUGGAUUUCACAUGUUAUUUGAUUGUACGGCACUUGUCAUGGGUUUAUAUGCGGCAUUGAUGACAAGAUGGAAACCAACACGCGUAUUCUCAUACGGCUAUGGAAGAGUAGAAGUAUUAUCGGGUUUUGUUAAUGGUUUAUUUUUAGUUGUUGUCGCAUUUUUUGUAUUUUAUGAGGCAGUUGGCAGAAUAUUUGAACCACCUACGAUCAAUACUGAUCGUUUAUUGGCCGUAGCGGUUGCCGGUUUUGCUGUGAACAUGAUUGGAUUAUUUUCAUUUAGCCAUGCUCACUCACAUGGCGGGGGAGGCAGUAGUCAUGCACAUAGUGGUGGUGGAAGUCAUUCGCAUAACCAGUCUGUUGAUCAUUCACAUUCACAUUCACAUUCACACAGUCACGAUCACAGUCAUUCCCAUGCUGAAAAAUCUCAUGAUCAUAGCCAUUCGUUAACAAAUAAUGCUAAUAUGAAAGGUGUAUUUCUUCACGUACUCGCUGAUACAUUGGGUAGUGUUGGUGUCAUUAUUUCAUCAUUAUUAAUUCAAUAUUUUGGGUGGUACAUAAGUGAUCCCCUUUGUUCAUUAUUUAUUGCCAUUAUGAUAUUUCUCUCCGUAUUACCAUUGUUGAAAGAUUCGGCGAUGACACUAUUGCUACAAACGCCAUCGGAUAUCCAAAUAAUGUUAGAUAAAAUUCUCCGUAUAGAAAACGUUCAAUCAAUUUCGAAUGAACAUUUUUGGGCAUUGUCAUCAUCACAAACAAUUGGAACUAUUCACAUUCAAAUAACAAAUGAAGGAGACGAACAAAAGAUAACAUCACAAGCUCAAACAAUCUUAAAAGAAAAUCAAAUAACAAAUAUUGCCAUACAAAUCGAAAAACAAGCGUUUUUCAAUCAUUUGCAGGGUUUAAAUUCAGCACUCGGACAAUUAUCAAACUCUCAACGAACAUUUACAUAUAACCAACAACAAAAAUAUCAAAUAUAA